ACGAAGGUAGAGGGGCGCUCACCGAUCGUUCUUACGGGACUCACUCGUUCCGUUGUGCCUUACGGGCUUUCUGUCGAGCCCGACCGGCAGUCGCAUAGCGGAAUAUGCUAUAGGCAGAAUGUUAUUAUCGACAAAAAGAAGGGAGACUGAAAUGGUCAUUUCUGGCUUAUUAGCCGUCAUCAGCCAGCCAUACCCAACCCCGAGGUGUGGAGCACUUGGCGCCCUAUCCCGCGACCUUUUAGUUUGAAGUCCAACGCCUCCAACCACUGAGCCACGGGCUUCUUGUCCUGUCGGUUGCAAUCGGGAAUAUACAAUGGUGGAGGGGCGCUCACCGAUCGUUUUUACGGAACUCACUCACCAUUGUAUAUUCCCGAUCGCAACUGACAGGACAGCGAGCCCGUGUCUCAGUGGUUAGGAGCGUUGGACUUCUAACUAACAGGUCGCGGGAUCGAGCCCCAGGUGUUCCACACUUCGGGGUUGAGUAUGGCUGGCUGGCAAGGGCUAAUAAUGGCCAUUUCACAGCGAUAUUUAUUACCCCACACAUCGUAUGGCUUUAUUUAUCUAUCAAGAAGGGGGGCAUGAUGAAUGGAGUCAAAUUUAGCAGCGAAACGCAGCCAUGGAAGAAUUUGUUUAAUCAUGCAGCAAAUAUUCGGUCAGUACACACACAGUUCCUCUGGACCUGUAUGUAUGGUUGUGUUGUGUAGUUUAGUGAAUGAACCAUUUCCCCACAUUCAGCCAAUCCGGCAGCUCACAUGUGUGUACCUGUUCCUGCACUAACUGCUCGGUUUGCUUCAUCACUACUCGCGUGCACAGUAGUCAAUACUUCGGAUGGUAACGGUCACACCCAAGGCAAAGAGCACACUAAUCUCAAAGACCGCGCGCACGAGUUGUUGUUUUUGCGGGAACUGUUGUAUUAGACGUGCACAGCCCUUACGGAGCCCCGUGGGCGCUUCUUACGCCGCUUGGGCAAACAGUUGAUGCACCUGGGCACUUGAGUUUGCUGCUUAUCAUCAGCGGAUGUCUGCUGAUUUUUGAAGUUUUCCACUUUUGGCCCAAGCUUUCCCCUUAGAAAUCCACUAAUGGGCCCGCAGAUUUGAAUUCCAACUUUUUUCUGAAUGUCUGCGACUCUUAGAGACCCCAGUUAGGGACAGUACUCCAACUUUUCGCUCCAAUGGGUAUUCCUUUGUUUCGUUUAGGUUAUCGGAGAACCGUCGCUGGUCUGUGGCUUCUUUGCCAUCUUCUGGUUAUGGCACGAACACCCCCGGCAGCAGUAAUGUUUCGGUAACCAUCUAUAUGUGCCUACUCCGCUUUAACCCGCAUUGCCUUUGUCUUGUCUCUGAAUUAACGUGCUGCUACAGCCGUCGCUACCGCUGACUUCUCCUUCUAACCACUUCCUCGCAGAGUCAUUAUUCGUCAAAGGAGAACAUCCAGGGCCAGCAGCCAACAGCCGCCACCGCCGCCGCCGCCGCUGCACCUCACCGUCACCCUAACCUGCUUCACCAGGCCUCCAUGUUGCCCUUUUACUGCUACAGUCCUGUGCAUUUCUCCGACUCCUGCGAGUCCCCCACUCCAAAGCAGCAGCAGCCCAGUGCAGCCGCGCCGUCUGCUCAGAGCACACCCAACACCCUAUCCAAACCGCCUCUUUCCAUCUGCAAUGCCUCACCUGUGGGCACAACUGGUGGCUCACCGGCUCGUCUGGCUGUUGGUAAAGCCACGCCUGGUGCCUUCUUUUCACAGGCUGUCGGUUCUGAGUACAAUGCUGACAACACGGCCACCGAGGAGGCGGCUUCCAGCUCAGUAGUUUUGUCCACGCCGAAUGAGGUACCUCCACCGUCCAGGUCAACGCCCAUCGGCAGUCGUCUGGACUUUGCUGGACGUACCGCCUCUCCUGUCGGUCGGACAGCCGCCCUAAUGAGCGCUGCUCCGGGCACUCCGAUACGUCGUCCACAACCAACGCCACCUGCCUCCUCAACGUCGCCCCUGCUGUGCGCAAAGUGUGCAAGCAAAUCGCUGGCGUCGCCUCGAGCAUUGACUGCGGUGUCGUCGGGGACGGCGACAUCCGUUCCAAGCUCCUUCCAGCAACCGCUGGUUAUGAUGCUUACCCCCGGGCGGACCCUAAGUGCGGGUCCUAUGACUCCAACCAAAGUCUCAGAACCCCUCUUCCAAAGUGGAGAACGCGUAGCACCCACCUCACCGGCCUUCGGUCCGACCACUCCGAACCUGACUACUUUCAGACAACGCUCGAAGAGUCUAAGGUAAUGCUGCCAUUUUCGUUCGCCUCUCAUAGAAAUACACCAGAGUACUCAUUAGGAGGGAGUUUCAACACAGUGGCUCUCAGUCUGGUCUACAUUUUAACUAAGAUCGUUUUGCGCACACCAGUCGGUACUUAGGAUUUGUCAGUCGCUCAGCAGUAGGUAGAAGUGUUACCAAAAUUGUUCCGUCGUCUUCUGCCUGAUCAUGCUCUUCAGCUGAAAGUAAGGCAGUCUCGCCUGGGGAGACUGACACCUCUCCGGCCUCUCUCCACCCGGAAUCAUUUUGCGAUCUCAGCUCGGUGGUGUACUGAAAGGACGAAUGGAAACUUUCACGCUCAAAUCCAUGAUCUCCGGGAGGGCUUCGCAACAGCCUCUUUUCCUGGAAAGAUCUUUUGAUCUGUCGCACUAAACGUAAAAAAGACCCUGUCACAACUUGGCGCCUGUUCGUCUGUCAUUUCAAAGGUGACAGUAGCCAGAAUCUGAUCUUAAUUAUCUUCUUAUAUUCGGCACGCUUGACUUAUUUGGCCCCUAAGCAGGACAUGGGAAUAGGUACGCCCUGCCCAAGUAAUAAAAGUGAACCUGCGUACAAUUCCGAAAAAGGGCGAAAUAUUCUUAUGUCCUCACCCCAACUAUAACCCACCCUCGACAUUUAACACCAGCCCCUACCUUACCCCUUAACUUGAUCCUGAAUUACCUUACCCUUGGCUUAAAAUCUAGUCUCAAGCCUAACUUCAACUUCACUGGUAGUUGUGUCAAAGCCACUCGUAUUACCGGCGGUUCCCGUUCUCAUGUUCCGAUUUUUCUUGGGGAGGGUGGGGGGGGUCAUAUAAGUCAGUCGUACCGUAUCUUCUACGGGGAUUCUUUAAGAUGUUCUAUUACGACAACGCGCCGCUGGAAGUCUUACUUUAAAGUUGACUACAGGUGUGGCAUCCUUAAUGUCGUCCAGUUGGGCUUUAAUGUCUUUCAUCCUCUCUUGUUUUUGUUUUUUCACUUCAGUCCUCUGCGGUCCAGCACACCCUUCGAGCAGGACGUGUUUUUGCUGAAUCAUGUCUAUCGUGAACGCUUUCCUAAGGUAGGCCGCCAGAUUACAAUUGCCUUUUCUCCCGUAUGCUGUCGCCAUACAUGCCCUGCCCAGUUCUAGAUUUUUGCUGAUUUUGUCAUUAUGCUGUGGCUUUGGAACCACGGCUAUCUGCUGGGAAACUGAGCUACUACGUUCCAAGGCCGUACAGUGGAUGGACUAUCUCAUAAAAUGUUAGCUGAAAUUCUGAAAUGCCUUUUCGAUUCCGGCCGUCUGCAAAAACCAAUCGCGGUUAAACAUUACCACUUAAGUUAUACGAAUAAUUGAUUUUCGAUGCCCCCUCUAGAUUCAAAUGCAUUUGAUGAAAGAAAUGCACAAAAAUAUCCUGUUUUGUAUUCAUUUGGUAGCAAAUUACAGGUUUCUAAUUAUGAGAUUUUUGAAAGCCGUGGAAUGUGCCUUCAUAAAAUAUUGUAUCAGUGGAUUUAUUAAUGUUGCUUAUAAAGUAUACGGCAUGCUCCACAUCCAUUGUAAAGUUUUAUGAGCCUUAUUUGAGUUCUUCUUAGUAGCACAUGGUGAUGUGCGACUUUGGAAACCCCGAGUGCAAGUGUGACGGCAGGUCGAAUUCAGAAUUAUUCAAAAGUUGAAAAGGUUUUUUUAAAGCAGCAUUAUAUUCAUCCUUCAAGCACUAAAUUUAGAGAAGACGUAAUUUGCUACCAAAAGAGUGCAAAAACAAAUAUUUUGCAUGCUUUAUAUAUAAAAUUUGUUUUAAUUUAUUAGGGCUUCGAAAAUGAACGGGAAAAUUCGUACUAAUUAAGCAGUCAUUUAUACAGAGUGGAGUUUCUGCAGACGGCCGAUAAGGAAUUCAUUUAAAAACCAACAUCCUGAAGUGAUCGAAAUAUCUUGAGAUUAUACUUCACGAUCAAUUAUACUGCAACCCUACUUAAAUGGUCUUUUCGAAUCGAAAACACAUUUUAGGUUCCUGUUUGGCGUUUUAUGGGGCAGUACAUCCAUCAUAUGCUACUGCAAUUACUUCGAGUAUCGUUUCAAAUCAGACUUCCGGAUGUACUUGCUGUAGAUGCUUGGAACAGCUUUUGUUACCUCCACGUAAGCCCGUUAAGAGCUAAUUCUCACCACCACCACCGCCGUCGCCACAGUCGAAUCGUUUACAUUACACAAUCGCACACCGCAUCUCCCAUUAUGCCUCAAAAACUAGCCGUAAAUCCUACCAGCUUGAGGGCAGAUGUUAUCAUCCGAUCGAGUUUUUUAAUCUGUUUAUGGGUUAUACACGAGUCCUCCUAAGUUGAACCGAGUGCAGUUAGUUCCCUUGACAGCUUGUACUCUCCAAGUUUUUCCAACACGCAGUCUUUUAACGGUCUCUCUCGUAGUAGUGCGUAAGUUACCUGUCAUCGGCGUUAUUACUAGCCUCGAUCUUAGUACGUGCCCUGAUAGACUGAAAAAAAACCUGCAAAACAACAAGCCCUCUGUGUGUGCGUCCACGCUCGAGAUAGAGGACGAUAAAAACGCCUGACUGUCAUACCAGAGCUCCAGGUAACCGAGAGAGACAGCACAUCUGCUUUUCCGGGCUGGCCUGUCAGCUGGCUCACCCCAGCUCGGCUGGGUCGACCGAGCGCAUUAGGAGUGCGGUCAUUCCUGAUACGGGGAGUCUGCCGAACGGAGUUUACUAAAUCAGUUAUGAGCUGAAAGUCAUCACGCAAGUCUACAGCCAGGUGAUCCAUGACUCUCCUUGUGACAGGCGUGAAACAGGGUUGAACCUUGGGUUUUGGGUGGCAUCAACAGUCCUAACGUCCUUACCGACGAUGUCCGCCAUGUGCUCCAAAGCAGGAUGGGGGCAGGAACGGUGACUUACAUGUGAGUUAGUCCAUAAUUAUAGUGGACUUUCGUCGCAUCCACGUCACUCUCCCGCCCGUCGAGAAGACUGGAGGUCGGAGAGGACGCAGGUGGCUGGCACGGUGUAAAUCUGCACUUAAGGCGUACGACCACACCUGGUCCACAACAAACAUUGGCUAGGAUUCUAUACCACAACAAAAAGUAGGGAAGCGAAUUGCCGUGAAGUAAACCGGCAAUUGAACCGGCCGUCACGCCCAAUGUUAGCAUUUGCCAUGCGUGCGCAUUCCCGAUGUCACCUGCCAGAUUCCGAUCUAGCGCCUCUGUUGAUCCAGCGCUUCUACCGUGUGACCCGUUUUAUGGGCAAAGAGUGGCGACACCGCCUGUCCAGAUGAUCUCUCCUCGGAUUUUAAAGACAGACCGAGUAUUUGGCGGUUUGAGAGUCCACUUCUAGUGAAAUCUGCAAUCUCCCGACUCCUACCAGAUGGCCGACGAAAAUAUCCGCUUAUUCAAAAGAAGACGAAGGCACUAUCACUGGGACGGUAGAUUUAUUGGCCUUAGCUUUCGAACUCGAACUGGAGUUCAUUAAAGACUGGUAGAGUGCAGCAACGUGUGAACACUUAUACCGUUGUGCCGUGAGGGGGGGAUUACGUCCGUGGCUAGGUCUGGUUUUGGCCGCCUGAUCUACAGUGGUCCCCCGGCGUGGUGACGCCGUUUGUACUUCGUGGUGAUGUAAGCUGCGCCACCUGGCUGCGUGGGCGGGCUGCCUGAUAACAAGCAGGCAAGUCAAUGUGUCUGUUGAUAGCGUUGGUGUCCGUCACACACGCCUCCAACAGUUCUCGCCCCGUCUUGUUGCCGGCUCGCGCCAAUGUCCUCGUGCUGACAAAGUCGAACUCAUGGUCUUCCUCCGGCGUGUGAGUGGCGACUUGAGAUAGUGGGUCGCCUCUUCGAACGCCCCGUUUGUGCUCAAGUAUUCGCGAGCCGAGACGUCGUCCUGUCUGGCCUGUGUAGUGGCAAGGACAGUUUUGGUACGGGAUUUGAUAGGCUACGCUCGACUGCUCACCUGCGUCCAGCCGAUCCUUCAUUUUCAUAAUUCUGCUACGCAUGGUAGCCACUGGAUGAUGAGCGAUGCACACGCCUUACUCUGACGCAAUGCGUUCUGUGGCCUCGGACACACUCUUUAUGUACGGUAGGAAGUGGCAAAUUGUUGGUGUCUCUCUUCCGUUUGUCCGUCGUGGGUGCGUGCGUAUGUAGCGACUGAUAAAACUAUUUGGCUAGCCGUUCUUUGUUAAUUGUUACCGGAGAUGCCGUAGUUCUUGCAUCCUUCCUUCGGGCUCGCUACAGUGCGUUUUAACCCGGUCGAAAAGCGCCCUCACACAGCCCUGUUUGUGCACCAAUUGGUGGUUGCUAUGAUACUUGAGCAACUGGGUUGUAUUGGUUGCCUUUCUAUGCACUGUAAUGUUGAGUUUGUCAUCAGGUGUGCGCGUGACGAGCAGGAAGUACUAGCGCCGCCACCACGCCGGGUGACGAUUGUGGACCAGGCAGCACAAACCACACCUAGCCACGGACGUGGCCCCCCCUCACGGCAGAACGAUAUAAAUUUUCACACUUUGCUGCACUCUAGCAGCCUCUGAUGAUGAACUCCAGUUCGAGUUCGAAAGCUAUGGCCAAUAACUCUACUGUCCCAGAGAUCGUGCCUUCGUCUUCCUUUAAACAAGAACCUGGGAUACGCAUAUUCUCUUCCACUCGUUAUACUGUUCUGAAAACAUCUUAUUCUUUUAUGUGCCGACUUUAAUCGCGGGAAUUAUACGUCCCCUCACGCCUUACGUAAAAACGGCCGGGCCUUUUUUUCAUCUGAGCAUAUCCAGAUACCAACUGCACGCGGUAGUACCACAGAACCGGGUAGUUGUGGCUUUGUCUGACUCAUUUGAUCGGUACUUGCAGUAUGCAUCCAAAACCCCGCAAGCGCUGGGGAUGUUGCAAACACGUUAGGCUUGUUGAGGCGAAUUUCUGAGCUAACGAAGCCACGGGAAACUAUGUGUGUUAUUUCAGCCUAGUACGCACACGCAGACUUUUUUCAAACACGAUCUUGCACUGUGACCUUUAGAACCACCGGGAAUGCUGCCACGAAGUAGGCGCGGUAACCGCAAAGUUCACCAUAAACCCCAAUCGUAAGGUGGAGUGGAGGCAGUUACCGCUUCCAGCCGCUCGUCUGCACACACGCGGCCUACACAAUGAGGACUAAUUUGUAUCAAGCUUGCGUGUACGCGUGUGUGUGUGUGUGAGCCGGGGGAUAAAUGUCUUUAAGCGUCCGCUAUGCCGGGAUUAGCAAACCAUGGCCUGGAAUGCGCUGGCAGUUCUCUGACACCUGGUUCCCUGCCGUUAGGUGCGCUCUAUUGGGUACACAGGUCGUGAGCAUGGCUGCCCAGUCAUCCUCGUUCCUCUGAUCCGUUGUAGUGUUGCUGUUGUUGGCUGAAGUCCUGGUCAUUUGUUGUGUGGACUAGGGGGUGUGGAGUGAAGCGCUAAGGCGCGGGCUCCACCGUGCCAUCCACCUACACCGUCCACCGUCUGCUGGACUUUGUCUUGACACCGGGCCCAUGUGGGGGAGGAGGAGAGAAUGCGGUAGAUGCUGCGCAAGUCGCCGUGCCUGCUUCACCUUGCUAUGGAGCAUACGGUGGAUAUCGUCGGUAACGACGGUCGGACUGUCUUGUGUGGAGGGGGAGGGAUCUCGCCGGCUAUUGCACUGUAGGCUAUGCCCGCCUGUAUCUCCUUGCCUCUGCGCUCUCUCUGUCUGCCUGCAGUCGGCCAAUAACCGUUUCGCUCUGUCUUACAGGCCUCGGCACAGAUGCAGGAGCGGUUGACUCAUCUGUGCACCGAGCUGGAGCAGGACGAGGACAGUGUCGCGUGCUCCGCAGUGGCGCGCUUUGUUCGUGCACAGGUCCUCCAACUGGCUCGCGACUGUCUGGACAAGGCACUCUCCGGCGUCAUCACCUGUCGUUACUUCUUCGAGCUGACUGAAAGCUUGAACAAACUGGUCGAGGAGGUCAGUUUUGCGUUGUUUUUUUGCAGUCCUGGCUGAAUGUAAACUUACCAGCGGUGGUCUGCUCAAAUGCCGUUAUUUUUUUUAAAGAUUGGGUCAGAUGUGUUUAUGUAGCCCCGCCUGAAGUAAACAAGGCUCAGCCACCUGUAAAACGGGACCUGUGGUAAUAGGGGGCUUUUACAGGUGGGACCGGGGAACGCACAGGCGACGAGAAAAGCUAUUGCGAAUGCGCGGCUGUACUCUGAGCGGUUGAGAAGUAGUUUCCCCAACCCCAUAACCCCACCCCCUAGUCCUAACCUCAACCCCAACAGUAUUGCGUCCAUCUGGCCGGGCUACAUAACCAAGUCUUACACACAUAUUCCUAACUAUAAACAAUCUGAUGUGCUUUAAGAGUGUCAUGGUGGUCUUAAGACCUGGUCUUGGAAUGCAGUCAGCGGACUGGAUCACUCGGUCGCUCACUCAAGACAGAGAGUCAGGCUGUAAUGGCUUAUUCUUUAGUGUAGCCUUCGUGCAACUCUCAUUAAUCUGCGAACCGAGCCGCCGAAUCCUGGUCAAAUGUCAUGCGCAGACAGGUCGUUGAGCCACAAUUUUCGCUGAACCUCAUCCUGUCGCUCCUCUGCAGGAAUGUUUCCUAACACCGGACACAGACUGUUGAGGAAGAAUAGAGUGUGAUUGGGAAUGCGCUGUUGUACUUUGAGUGGUUGAGAAUUAGUUGCCCUAACCCAUAACCCCUAUCCCCAACCACAGCAUAAUUGUGUCCAUCAGGUGGGGCUACAUAAUCACAUCUUGCCGAAAAUUGCUUUGUGCCUAUCUGUGCAAUUAUUGCGCACGAUUUCGUUGCCAUAUAAGAUAAGAUGAGAUAAGACGUUCGGCAGAAAUUUAGUUAUUUUCCGUGUUUUCUUGCUUUCUGCCGACCCUCCGUGUUGUCCCACUCGUGAAACCCCACCAACCACAUUUCACGUAUAACGCGGUCUACAGGCUACCUGAAAUUAGUUGAGGUCCUACGCCCUAUCCUUGCCCAACCUGAUUUGCACAACGGAUGCCAUUUUUAGACCCAUGGGUUUAGGAGUACAAACAUGCCAGCGGUACAGCCCUGACAGUAGGCUAAGAAGCAUCUUUUCCUGAGUGGUUCUGACACACGGACUCGGGAACCGACGAAAUCCCUCCUGAUAGGAUCUGGAAUUCGCACGUCGUUAGCUGAAGUUAAGCAUUCUCCGGAGUCCGCCUGCUGUACGUAUGUAUUCUGGCAGAUGUCUGAAUCUUAGCCGCCCUGACGUUUGGCUAAUCGUGUUCGCCAGGGCGAUACACAUCCACGUUUGUACUGCAGAUUGUUUUCGGUUCUGAUGCGGGAAGAUUACCUUGUGCUUGGUAGCUUUUUUAAUAUCACGGACCAUCAGCCCAAUCGAUCUUGAAGGGGUUUGAGCUACACCAUUUCUCUAUAGGAUUACCCUCUACAGCUGUGGGUCGCCCCAAUAAUGUGAUACCAUCAACACAAAGGACUGUGCCGUGCUGAUUUCCUUUUUUUCUUAUCACCUGCGUUCAUUUCCUUUGUCUUUGCUAGGCGCGCGUCAAAGACCCCAACUCCGUGAUUCCCGUUACGGGUAUAGUGCAUCGCCUGCUGCUCAUAAUAUCGCGGCCCGCACGGCUUCUCGAGUGCCUUGAGUUUGACCCCUGCGAGUUCUACCAGAUGUUGGAGGUGGCCGAAAACCAGGUGAGGCAACACCAACUUACCUGGUCCAGCUCCGUCCAGGAGAAUGACGUCAUCUCCGCCGACGUACCACGUUACAUUAUGUCCAAGUUGGGUCUCAGCAAACCCACAACCGAAGGUUCGUUAGUUUUGUUCGCAAUACUGCCAUUUCUUGGCUAUUUUGCUGCCCCUGUGGUCUUCAUUCUCGUUUGAAUAUAUUAACACCUUUCUAUCUUUAGCGUUUCCAUAGGUUACAGUCUUGCUUGAAAGUUGUACAUUUUAGAAUCGUUACAAGAGCGUUCACCGACCAGGUCACGGGACAUACUCACCCCGUUUCGCCCGUUUGCGCCGCAAACAAUCGCAUAACAAGCUGUAUGGACAACUGAAAGCGCAAGGAAUGAGCAUCUCAACCUCCCUUGUCUUUGUCGGCACUUUUUUCUCCCUGUAACUGUUAUGUUUAGCUGGCGUGUCACUAGAACGUGUUGCGUGCGGCUUGUGAGCGCCGGUCUAUCCCCUGCUGACUUUGAUCUGCGGCGGAUAACGUGAUCGUUUCAAGUCUCGCUUCCCAGGGGAAGAAAGAACACUGUUUUCAUCGUGUCAACAUUGAGCGGCACUUUGUUCCCAGUAAUCAGUUUCAGGUCGGCUGGGUAUGAUGUGAGGCUCUGCAAAACGAUAUUGUCGUCGAUAGAAUGGGGCGCUCACUGAUCGUUGUUACUGAACUCACUCGUCCCGUUGUACCUUAGGGCUUACCCUCUCUCGAGCCCAACCAGUAGCCACACAGCGGCGCGUAAUUCUGCCGAUAUUGGCGUCAUUUCCGGGGUUCGAGGCCAGGUGGUUUUGCCCCAUCUGGACGGAACUGGUUCUAUCGCAGGAGGCAGGAGAAAGACAUAUUCUGGUCGGAUUCCAUUGCUGACGGUGAAGUGCUCGCCUUCUUCGUAAGCUUAUGAGCGUGGGUUAGUAGUAGUAUGCCUUGUUUAAGUUUACGGGUUUCAGGAUCAUACCAUUACGUCCUUCCAUAGAUCGAUUUUUGUUGAUCUAUUUGAACUCUUUGGCGAAAUUAAGGACGCAGGCUAUCGUCUUCCAUUUCGACAAAGCCUCUGCUACAGCGAAAGCUGCUACGAGCAUCAAAAAAUGCCUCGGGAGGAUUCUCACAAAGAUCAUCGGACAGUUUCGACAGAGCUAAUGCUUCCGUGGGCUGCAGGAUUGGCUCGAGAGGUGGUGGACACUAUGGUGCCCAACUGGAGCUAUCCUGAUGCGAAACGUGUGCAGAUAAUGCGGGCAGGGAGUGGUCGGUUGGUCACCGUCUGCGUAGAGUAGCCGCUAAUAUUGUUUUUGUUGUUACCGUUCUUAUGGCAAGUUCUGACGACGAAUCGAAGCCUUUCGCAUUAUUGCAGAGUAGCGUGUCUGCAUCAAGAGCUUCUUGACAUGUAACAUUUUUGGCCGUUUCGACUGUGUCGGGCUCCUAACUGACUACUCCAUUUUCCUUAAGGGUUGUGCCAAGUUGGGCUUGUUUUGUUCUAGUUCUUUCCUGUCCGUUGGCUUGCUUUCGUGUUUUUCAUUGAUUGGGCAUAUGUACUGAGUUAAGUACAAAAGCCACGACUGUGGGCUUCGUUCUGUACCCUAUGUUUUUACGAAUUAUAGGUUCUUCUGCUACCCGUUUUCACUCUCUCCCGACACUAGUGGUCCCCAGACGUUCGGCCUGAGUUACGACGACUGACGUGUCUUGUGCCAUUCAAUUAUCGCCUGGCUUUUUGGCGUUAGAAACCUAAGCAGUUAAAUUUCGCAUCAUUAAAUAAAUCUGCACAAGAAAUUAUCGAUUUUCUCUUUUCUGAUCCCUGUCUGUCUUCUAGUGAGUGAGCCUACCGUUGAACAACAGGAACCCGACAGGGACCUGGUCGCACGACCUCCCUCCACCGCGCCCAUCUUCACCGACUUUUCCAUUGACAGUGACAUUGGGGAGGACAGUGCAGGCAGGAUUGCCGACAAACGGUCGCCACCUCCAUCCUUCAUUCUUCGUCGUCGGCCGUGUGAAGCGGACUUUGAAAUUAUUAAACUCAUCUCCAAUGGCGCCUAUGGGUGA